AUGUCUAAAGCUGUUGCUAAGAAACGGAAAAGAGGCCCAGACAAAGAAAUAGCUGAGGCAUUUUUCCAGUCACCUGAACUGGGGUCGUCUAGACUCCGCCCAAGGAAGGAUAUACCUUCCUUCCAUAGGGUUUUACUGAGUGUGAAUGAUUUUGAGAGAAUUGUGGGGAAGAGAAUUAAGGUUUUCUGGCCUGAUUCUAGAAGGUGGUUUUUGGGAAAGAUAAAAUCAUUUGACAAUGAGAAGAAGCUCCACCGUGUUUUCUAUGACGAUGGUGACAAAGAGGAGUUAAACUUGAUGACGGAGAGGUUUGAGCUUGAAAUUAUGCCGAGUGAGGGAUUCACUAUAUUUUCUAGAUCGGAGCCUAAUCGUGAGAUUCCAGAUAAUGGUGGGGAGAGUAGAGACAUUAUAAAUGAGGGUUCACGUAUUAUAGAUGAUGCUGUUACACAGGUUAUUGGACAUCCUAAAAAAUCUGAGGGAGUGCAAAUUGCUGAAGCACAUAAUUUGGAAAAGCAAGAGGCUUCUGAACCAGUGAAAAGGUAUGCUAGGAUUGAGAGAACACCUUCAAAGGCUUCCAAAAAAAGGCAUCCAAAGCUGCAAGGUGGAAAAGAUACUGAUACCGAAGGAAAUCUGGCUUUGGAUGCUAAUGAC